GAGAUCAGAGCAGGAAGCGCAGCGGCGAGGCGGAGGUGGAGGUGGCGGCGGAGGCGGAGGCUGAGCUGUUGGUGGCCGAGGCGGAAGAGACAGCUCCGGGGGGUGGCAGCGGCUGUUGGGAGCAGGAUGCGGGUCCGGGUCGGGCUGACGUUGCUGCUCUGGGCAGUGCUGCUGGGCUCGGCCUUGGCGUCCUCGGAUGAAGAAGGCAACCAGGAUGAAUCCAUAGAUUCCAAGACUUCUGUGCCGUCGGAUGAGUCGGUAGAGAACCAUAGCCCAGCAGGCAGAGUAAUCGCUGGUCAGAUAUUCCUUGAUUCAGAAGAGUCCGAAUUAGAAUCACCUCCUCAAGAAGACGAAGACAACCUCAGAAGCCAAGAAGGGGAAAGCAUCGCAGAAGAAAUCAGCUUUCUAGAAUCUCCAAACCCAGAAAACAAGGACUAUGAAGAGCUGACGAAAGUACGGAAACCAGCUCUGACCGCCAUUGAAGGCACAGCGCACGGGGAGCCCUGCCACUUCCCUUUCCUGUUCCUGGAUAAGGAAUACGACGAGUGCACCUCGGACGGGAGGGAAGACGGCAGGCUGUGGUGUGCCACCACCUACGACUACAAGGCGGACGAGAAGUGGGGCUUCUGUGAGACCGAAGAAGAGGCUGCAAAAAGACGGCAAAUGCAGGAAGCGGAAAUGAUGUACCAGACCGGGAUGAAAAUCCUCAAUGGAAGCAACAAGAAAAGCCAAAAAAGAGAAGCUUAUCGGUAUCUUCAGAAGGCAGCAAGCAUGAACCACACCAAGGCGCUGGAGAGAGUAUCCUAUGCUCUUUUGUUCGGUGAUUACUUGACACAGAAUAUCCAAGCAGCAAAAGAGAUGUUUGAGAAGCUGACCGAGGAAGGUUCUCCAAAGGGACAAACUGCUCUUGGCUUUCUCUAUGCUUCUGGACUUGGUGUUAAUUCAAGUCAGGCAAAGGCCCUUGUUUAUUACACUUUCGGAGCUCUUGGGGGCAACCUAAUAGCCCACAUGGUUUUGGGUUACCGAUACUGGGCUGGCAUCGGGGUCCUCCAGAGCUGUGAAUCCGCACUGACUCACUAUCGUCUUGUGGCCAAUCAUGUUGCUAGUGAUAUCUCGCUGACGGGAGGCUCAGUGGUGCAGAGAAUACGGCUGCCUGACGAGGUUGAAAACCCAGGAAUGAACAGCGGAAUGCUCGAGGAAGACUUGAUUCAGUAUUACCAGUUCUUAGCUGAAAAGGGGGACGUGCAAGCCCAGGUUGGUCUGGGACAGCUGCACCUGCAUGGAGGCCGUGGAGUAGAACAAAACCAUCAGAGAGCGUUUGACUACUUCAAUUUAGCAGCAAAUGCUGGCAAUUCCCAUGCCAUGGCCUUCUUAGGAAAGAUGUAUUCAGAAGGAAGCGAUAUUGUACCUCAGAGUAACGAGACAGCUCUUCACUACUUUAAAAAGGCUGCUGACAUGGGCAACCCAGUUGGACAGAGUGGGCUUGGAAUGGCUUACCUCUACGGGAGAGGAGUUCAAGUUAAUUAUGAUUUGGCACUGAAGUAUUUCCAGAAAGCUGCUGAACAAGGCUGGGUGGAUGGGCAGCUGCAGCUUGGCUCCAUGUACUAUAACGGCAUUGGAGUCAAGAGGGAUUACAAACAAGCCUUGAAGUAUUUUAACUUAGCUUCCCAGGGAGGCCAUAUCUUGGCUUUCUACAACCUGGCUCAGAUGCAUGCCAGCGGCACCGGUGUGAUGCGAUCAUGUCACACUGCAGUGGAGUUGUUUAAGAAUGUGUGUGAACGGGGCCGGUGGUCUGAGCGGCUCAUGACUGCUUACAACAGCUACAAGGACGGGGACUACAACGCCGCUGUGAUCCAGUACCUCCUGCUGGCCGAGCAGGGCUACGAGGUGGCGCAAAGCAACGCAGCCUUCAUCCUCGACCAGAGAGAAGCGACCAUCGUAGGUGAGAAUGAAACUUAUCCCAGAGCUUUGCUUCACUGGAACCGGGCCGCUUCACAGGGCUACACUGUGGCUAGAAUCAAGCUUGGAGACUACCACUUCUAUGGCUUCGGCACGGACGUGGAUUACGAGACGGCGUUUAUUCACUACCGUCUAGCGUCUGAGCAGCAGCACAGCGCACAGGCCAUGUUUAACCUGGGCUACAUGCAUGAGAAGGGGCUGGGCAUUAAACAGGAUAUUCACCUUGCAAAGCGUUUUUAUGACAUGGCAGCCGAAGCCAGCCCCGAUGCACAAGUACCAGUCUUCCUCGCACUCUGCAAGUUGGGCGUUGUCUAUUUCUUGCAGUACAUACGGGAAACAAAUAUUCGAGACAUAUUCACCCAACUUGAUAUGGACCAGCUCUUGGGACCUGAGUGGGACCUUUACCUCAUGACCAUCAUCGCGUUGCUGUUGGGAACAGUAAUCGCCUACAGGCAGCGGCAGCACCAGGACAUGCCUGUCCCCAGGCCCCCGGGGCCACGGCCGGCCCCGCCGCAGCAGGAGGGGCCCCCAGAGCAGCCGCCGCCGCAGUAACCCCUUGCGUCCCCCCAAUGGACGACAGACAAGGAAAGGGUUUGCUGAGAACGCUUGCAUUCGAUGUAGGACUUUGGAUCAGUGGUCGCCACCUCCUGGAAGAGGCACAAGGAAGCGUUGAAUUCCUAAAGCUGCUUGGAAUCUGAUGCCUUUAUUUUCAGGGAUAAGUAACUCUUACCUAAACUAAGUUGAAUGUCCGUUUCAGUGCCGUAUGGAAUAACAGCUCUCAGUGGCUUCCCCCGCCCCCCUUUUUUGACCCCGGAAACAUUUACGAGACACUCACAGUGGUCAUGUCCACUGUGUCCAGCUAUCUUUCUUGGGUCCCUUCAGUCACUCUUUCAGUGUGCAUAAGUUCUGUCAGCCGUCUUGAAGGUCUUAUGCAUUGACACUAAAACUGAUCAAUGAAAAAAGGAAAACCCAGUUAGUUGCAAAUUUAACCUUAACAUGUUUGAAAGUCUGAAAAUAGAACUUGCCUUUUAAGUUAAGGGAAAAAAAAAGUCCUCACAGUGUUUCAGAACUGUGAUAACCAAGGAACUUUGAUCAGUCCAUAUGCAAGUAUACAUAUUCAGCAUAUUUGUUCCUUUAAAAGGGAAGGUUGGGCGGUUUCUUAUUAUCGGUGAUUGAUUGUCAUACUUUAUACCAUACUUCUCUCCUUCAAAGACUGAAAGGCCUUGUUAAAGAGUUUUAUGUGAACUUCAUUUCCUUGGAGUGGAGUAUAUAGAAGACUUUGUGAACUGACUCCUUGAGCUAACACAUGAACUUGUCCCACCUGCGCGGUGUAGUUUGCUUGUUUGUCACAAGUGUGCAGAGCCUUUAUCUGCAGCCAGAGGCUGGACUGAAUGGGAGAAUUAGAAAGCAAUAUUGAAGGACUCUGGGUGGGGUACCAGGAUCACAGACACACUUUUCCCGCAUUUGUUCCCAGGAUUCAUUUUAUUAACACUUUGUAUUUCUUACUGCAAAAGAACAGACCAUCCUCCUGAACUCUUUAAAUGUGAAAUAUCCUUGCCAGGCUAUGGCAGACAGAAACUACCAUUACAAUACCAAAACUCUAGAGAGUCAGAGAUGCAUUAAAAUCAGUGGUUGAAGAAAGCUA